CUAAACCUUCUAUGAGCUUAAAGUGGAAAAGCUUUGGAAGAGAAAUUAAUGAUUAAUCAAGUACUAAUUUUCUAAGAAACAUAAACACACAGGCUGUAGGCAGCACAACACCUCACUGUUCACCAGUUACCUCCAGCAGUCUCUUCAUUCCAUGUUGACGUCAUCAAAUGUUGGAGCGCCCCACUGAGAUAUAAAGCAGGAGGUUGGCCGUGUGGUCUUCACCAUACCCGCCACCUUAACAAGCCCCCAGGCUGCACUCCGAGGGGAGCCCCACAUCAAAUCUGUCUUUCCGUACCUCAGCUAGAGGUAAGAUGAGUGAUCUCCCAGAGCAGGGAUCCCCUCUCCUCCCCCACACGGCGGCUCUCCUCCCCUCUCUCGCUCUGCCACGGCAGCCAGCCCAUUCAGUUUCCAUCUCUAUGUGGUGGUUUUGGUCCCCUGACCACUUGGACCCAUGGGCACGCCAUUGGAGUGUGACAUCAGACUGACUGGACAGGGGGGAGCGAGGGGAGCUUUCGUCCACAGACAGGUGCACUGACCCUGUCCACCCCUGAAGAUACCUUCAGCUAUUCUCUGAGUGAACGGCAGAGGGCAACGCCAACAGUGUGUUCUCUGUUUUCCAAACUGGGCUACAGGUCAUCGCCUUGAUGCUUCACAAAGGACAUCAAAAACAACAGCAAGGCCUUUGGAUUGAAGGUCUGGUGUCACUGGAGCGCCUCUCCGCGGGAGAACAGCCCGAGACGUGCAUCAUGCUGGACGGCAUAAAAAUUGAAGAUCAUCCCCUGCGAUCGGGACAAGCCACGCUCGGAGUCAUGCUCGGGACUGACUGUCAUCAUCCAUCCGUGUGUGAAGGAUGCCAGCGUCCCAUCUCCGACCGCUUCUUGAUGAGAGUCAACGACUCGUCGUGGCACGAGGAGUGUUUGCAGUGCACCGUGUGUCAACAGCCCCUCACCACCAGCUGUUACUUCAGAGAAAGGAAACUUUACUGCAAACACGACUACCAACAGAUGUUUGCCACCAAGUGCAGCGGCUGCAUGGAGAAAAUCGCCCCCACAGAGUUUGUGAUGCGUGCCCUGGAGUGCGUCUACCACCUGAACUGCUUCUGCUGCUGUGUGUGUGACCGGCAGCUGAGGAAGGGCGAUGAGUUUGUCCUGAAGGAGGGUCAGCUGCUGUGCAAGAUCGACUAUGAGAGGGAGAAGGACUUACUCAGCUCGGUUAGCCCGGAUGACUCAGACUCAGAGAAAAGUGACGAUGAGGAGUUGGACAUCAAGCCGGAGAAAGGCAUAGGAGGCCCGGGGAAGGGGGAUGAUGGGAAGGAUCCCAGGAGGCCCAAAAGACCACGAACCAUCCUGACCACUCAACAGAGACGGGCCUUCAAGGCUUCCUUUGAGGUGUCCUCAAAACCCUGCAGAAAGGUGAGGGAGACGCUGGCUGCAGAGACAGGACUCAGUGUCCGGGUGGUGCAGGUGUGGUUUCAGAACCAGAGAGCUAAGAUGAAGAAGUUGGCAAGAAGACAGCAGCAACAACAAGAACAACAGAAUUCUCAGAGGCUUGGCCAAGAGGUAAUGUCCAAUCGGAUGGAGGGGAUGAUGAACUCCUUCACACCGCUGGCUCCCCCGCAGCAGCAGCUGGUCGCCAUGGAUCAGAACGGUUACAGCACAGACCCGUUCCAACAGGGGCUCACCCCCCCACAGAUGCCCGGGGACCACAUGAACCCAUAUGGUAAUGAUUCUGCAUUCCAUGACAUAGACAGCGACACGUCUUUAACCAGCCUCAGUGACUGCUUCAUGGCAUCGUCGGACGUCAACUCCAUGCAGGCCCGCGUGGGGAACCCCAUCGACCGCCUCUAUUCCAUGCAGAACUCUUACUUUGCGUCAUGAAAGAGAAGAGUGGAGAGAAAAAAACACAGCAGCACAGAAUAAACUGCCCCAUCUCAACCUAAAGCGCGACGGCCAGGAGUUUCUACACCGACAUGGACACGACAGAAGAAACCUUGCAGUAGCUCCUGGUUAUGUGCUGAAGCUUACUCAAAGAUAGUAAAAACCACUUGUUGUAGGACAGUGAAGAUUCCUGGGGAAAAAGACUUAAAUAUUGUUAGAGAUUAUUCAGUAGGAUUGCUUAUCUGUCGCAGGAGGUAUUACUCUUUUCUUUGUUCACUUAAAGAAAACAAGUAGAUAUUGAAGCCACUGAUUACACACUCUCAAACCAAAUAACACAGUGAAUUUAUACAGUGCAUGAUCAAUUGUAAACUAAAUCUUUUUGUAAGCCCCACCCUUCCCUCCGCCCCGGUUAAGAUGUGGUGUUUGGACUGUUCCUUCUUUACACUACAUGGAUUUCCAUGUUCACCGUUAGCAUUUUGAUCACUUUCAAUAGGUUUAGAUAUUGUGUUAAUAGUAAAUAGGUGCAGCAUGUCUGCAAGAGUGACUGUACAUUUGUGUAUGUAUGAGAGUUUGUGGUGAGAAAGAAUUGUUUAGAGGAGAAAAAAAAGGUGGAGAAUUUGUCGGCCGAGUAGGAUCAGUGAAGUGUAAAUACUUUCCCCAGGCAAAUUGGAUGUGCAUGUUACAAAAUGGAAAGCAUUCUAUUUAUUUAACUAUAACAGGCUCUUGAAGGUGCAUAUUAAAACUGAAAAGCUUUAUUUAAAAAGGAGAGCAUUUUUUUUGUUGAGUAAUUAGUGAGUUCAUGAGUGUCACAGCUCAUCUGUAUGCCUUUUUAAUAUGAAGAUUAACCCUUUUGUUUUGUUUUUCCUUCAGCCAAGCUGUAAAUGAGCAAUGUUGCUAUUUAUUUCGUACAGACCAUAAACCUUUUGUUGUCAUUGUCAUAUGUGCAUUCUCAAAAUGUUAAAGUUGCUAACUGACCAAAGUUGACUGGUUUGAUGAAUAAACAAUGUCUUUCUCCUGAUAACAUUAAAUAAAUGCCAUUCAGUGAUCAUUCA